AUGGAACAAUCUCCGGCGAUGACCUCCUCCGAGCAAUCUUCUUCUCUCAAGCGGCCUCGCUCACCAACUGAACUACACCCUCACCCCGCCGCCAAAGUCCAACGCACCGCCACCAACCACUUGCAGAUCAACUACCUAGCCCGGCAGCACAAGGAAACGAUCCCCCUGGUCACGGUGAAUGACAAACUCCCAGAGAUAGCACGUCUUUUGAACGAGUACGAUGGAGUUAUACAACGCCAUGAGAGCAUGGCGGGAAAUCUGGGAGCAUGCCCACUGGGGCCUAUUCUGCUCAAGCGGUUUGAAAGACUCUUCGAGGGACCGCCGCGGGUUCUCAAGUCCCACGGCAGAGACAACAGUGUCAGCUGGCUAGACGUGGUCGAGUUCGCUCAGAACAAUCCUAAGCAGUUUAACCUGGAAAGAAUGCGCAAUGGGAUUAGGGUUUGUCAGUUUUACACCAAGCAGUGCCGGGUCGAGAUUUCAGAGGAAGAUUAUGUGCUUAUCGCAAGCGGCAUGCCUCAAAAACUCAUACCUCCCCAGCCCAUCUUGGAAGACGAAGAGAAGGAGUUGGGGGUGAUGGAUCUCUUGGACAGAAACAUUGGCCAGAUCAUCCAUCUUGCUGACCAAGUGUCUGGCCGGGCUCGCCAGCUGAUCCAUAAGAUGAAGAAUCGGCGUAAUGCCAUCCUGAGUAGACGUGAGCAGGAAGCUGAGAACGUCAAGAGAAAUGCUGUCAGGGCCGAUGGCUCACCCAUGUCAAUGGUCGACACCAAUGGCACAGGCAAUCCACAGCCGGUGAGAAGCAUCGAAGUGUCUCAGUCUCCUCCAGUGGGCUUCACUGCUGUCAAUUUGAAGCCGUCUGGUGGCAGCGAAGGAACUCCACGCGCGUCAUUAUCUGGAGAGACUGCACGGAAUGCUCCCGACGAUAUAUAUGCUUCCAACGUCACCAUCAUCAACGGCAAGUCUAUCAAGGACGCUUCGCCGUCGGUGCGAGCGGAGCUUAUGAAAAACUUUCUCACCCCGGGCGAGCGAGAAGUCGCUGUUCCAGAGGAUGCGAACCGACGGGCCUCGGUGGGAACAUCUAGAGCCAAUGCUGCACCGGAAGGGUCUACUGAGAAGGCGCGUUCUGGGUCGAUGGACAUGGCAGGAGGCGGGAAACAAAACCAGUCUACUGUGGCCAUCCCAAGCACUCCCGCCUCGCUCAUGCCUCAUUCAAAGCCUUCGACGAUGGACCGCGAUGAUGGAGGGCCGUUCAAGGCUGAAAUGGUUCGAAGGAUGGACAAUAUGUGGAAAGGUGAUCGAGUGAUUCCUCCUUGUGACCGUUGUCGGCGUCUCCACAUGGAUUGCUUGAAGAACCUUACGGCGUGCAUGGGCUGUACUAAGAAGCAUGCCAAGUGCUCCUGGAAGGAGGUCAGGGCUGAAGAGUUGCACCUGUUUGCGCCGUCAGGAGAUCGCAGUGUCGAAGGAGGAACGGGUCUGGCGGCAUUGGAGAUACAACCACCCUUGUCUGCAGGCUCAACUAUUGAAGUAAACAGACCAUCCGAGGAUCUGGUAAGAUCUGCCAGUAUUGCAAGGGCAUCAUUGGACCUGACUGAGGAUCGUCCCGACACGCCUAGCAAAGAAGAGGGUGAACCGAAGAGGUCAAGUGAGCCUGCCCCGGGCAACCAUUCCUCGGGACGUUUAGAUGUACGACCUCCUCCUCUUGUGCAACAAUUGCAAGACGCAGCCAAGGAACGUUCGGAAUCAAGUACGUUCGGCGCGGUGUUGUCACCACGUGAGAGGGAUCUCGAAAGAGAUGAUGACGACGAUGAAGGGGAUCGACUGCAGGCACUUGCUUCCCGAGUUUAUCGGACAGCAUCACAGAGUGGUCACCGGUCAUGA